AUGCCAUCAGGAAAUACUUCAACGGAUUCCACCAAAGCAUUCAUAAAUCUCACGAAUCGUAAUUCAAGUAGUAGUAUAAAUGAAGAAUCUGAAAUUAUAAAUGAUUCGUCAGAUCAUGAUAUUACUCGCGGCUUGAUUUAUAAUUUUGGAGAGAUUAGUGAUGAGUUAAUUAAAGCUGAAAUAGAUACUGGAGAUGUACAAAAUAAAUUUUCAUGGUCAAAGUUAUGGAAAUAUACCGGUCCUGGAUUUUUAAUGUCUAUAGCAUAUCUUGAUCCUGGGAAUUUAGAAGCCGAUCUUCAAACAGGUGCAGUUGCAGCUGGUUUGCUGAUACAAUGUUUAUCAGCCAGAGUUGGUGUAGUAACAGGGAUGCAUUUAGCUCAAUUAAUAAAAAAAUAUUAUUCACGUCCUAUCUCAACAAUACUUUGGAUAAUAACUGAGAUAGCUAUUAUUGGCUCCGACAUACAAGAGAUAGUUGGUACUGCAAUAGCAUUAAAAAUUAUUUUUGGAUUACCUUUAUGGGUUGGUACAUUGUUGACUGCAAUGGACACUUUCACUUUCAUGUUAUUACAAAAUUAUGGUGUCAGGAAAUUAGAAGCCUUCUUCAUGCUCUUAAUUGGCUUGAUGGCUGCUUGUUUUUGGAUAGAAAUGUUCAAGAGCGAUCCUGAUGUUGGUGGAAUAAUAACUGGAAUGUUAUUGCCUUCUGUUCCUUCUACUGCUGUUAUACAAGCUGUUGCAAUGAUUGGCGCUGAUGACGAGAUCGAUAAAAGCGUUAUUAAAGAUAAUGGAAUCGAUAACAGUACUAUUAAAAACAAUGAGAUUACUGUUUAA